CUUGACCCAAACCCAGAGUGGCCCAUGAAAAUACUGGUCGGACGGGUUGGGUUGGGUUGGCUCGACCCGCUUGACCUUUCGUCUCUCUUUGAGCAGUUGACGGUAGUUGUCCGCCGCUUCCUCCCUCCGAUCAACAAAUUAAAAUCAGUCACAGUACUCUGUUUCUCCCAGCACAGUGAUUACGCCGGAGCAGUAAUUUCGCCAUGAACGACCAUCAGAAGUCUCUCAUUCUGUCUUCUUCCUCUCAAUUCCCGCCUCCUCAAGGAGUGAAGCUCUCUUAUGGCACGUCCGGAUUCAGAGCAGACGCUUCCAUUCUCCAAUCGACGGUGUUUAGGGUUGGGAUCCUGGCCGCGCUUCGGUCCCUGAAGACGCAGUCGGUGAUCGGAUUGAUGAUCACCGCUUCCCACAAUCAAGUCAGCGACAAUGGGAUCAAAGUCGGUGAUCCCAGCGGCGGGAUGCUCACUCAGGACUGGGAGCCCUUCGCUGACUCCAUUGCCAAUGCUCCGACUCCCCAGGAGCUUCUGCAAUUGGUUGAGGAAUUCGUGGCGAAAGAAGGCAUUCGAUUCGAUGGAUCGCGGCCGGCGAAGGUACUGUUGGGAAGAGAUACCAGGCCAAGCGGCGAUUCUCUUCUUGAAGCUGCAAAACAAGGAAUCAGUUCAAUCGUUGGAGCAAGUGCUGUUGACAUGGGAAUUGUAACUACUCCACAGCUUCAUUGGAUGGUCCGUGCUAAGAAUAAGGGUUUGAAAGCUGCUGAGCUUGAUUACUUUGAGCAGCUUUCGAGCUCUUACAGGUGCUUGCUUGAUUUGAUUCCAAAUGGAAGCAAGGUGGAGAAGGCUCAGAAUAAGUUGGUGGUGGAUGGAGCUAAUGGGGUUGGAAGUGAAAAACUUGAGGGUUUGAAGAAAUCGUUGGAUGGUUUGGAUAUUGAAAUUCGUAAUACGGGGAAAGAAGGUGUGCUGAAUGAAGGGGUUGGUGCUGAUUUUGUGCAGAAGGAGAAGGUUCUUCCACAAGGAUUUGGUCCUAAAGAUGUUGGGAUAAGAUGUGCGAGUUUGGAUGGAGAUGCUGACCGGCUUGUGUAUUUCACUUUGCCAUCGGAAAACAGCAGCAAAAUUGAUCUUGUCGAUGGAGACAAGAUUCUGUCACUUUUUGCUGUAUUCGUCAAGGAGCAAUUAAGUAUUUUGACAGAGGGAGGUCAAAUGGUUGAAGAUGGUUACCAUGCUCGCCUUGGUGUGAUACAAACAGCUUAUGCAAACGGAGCAUCCACUAAUUACCUAAGACAACUAGGUCUGGAAAUCGCCCUUACUCCAACUGGAGUGAAAUACUUGCACGAGAAAGCGGCUGAAUAUGAUGUUGGAAUAUAUUUUGAGGCCAAUGGACAUGGUACCAUCCUGUUCUCGGACCACUUCUUGUCGUGGUUAGAAGCUAAGAAUAACGAGCUUGCUUCCAGAUCUAAAGGUUCUGAACAGCAGAAAGCCGCAUUAAGACUGUUGGCAGUUAGCAAGUUGAUCAACCAAGCUGUUGGGGAUGCUUUCAGUGGCUUGCUCUUGGUGGAGGCUAUCUUAAUACACAAGGGAUGGUCAAUCUGCAAGUGGAAUGGGCUUUACCAAGAUCUACCAAGCAGGCAGCUUAAGGUUAAAGUUAUCGAUAGGACUGCUGUUGUAACAGAAAAUGCAGAGACUAUUGCUGUCAAGCCACCUGGGAUUCAAGAAGCAAUCAAUGCUGAAAUAGCAAAAUAUCCAUGUGGACGAUGUUUCAUACGACCUUCUGGUACGGAGGAUGUGGUCCGGGUAUAUGCAGAGGCUUCGACACAAGAAGCAGCAGAUAGUCUUGCCAACUCUGUGGCCCAGAUUGCUGACCAAUUCCUGGGAUCCCGAAGCAGCAGCUCCGUUUGAUUCCACACAUUCUCUUGAAUCAGCAGAAAAUGAAUCGCAGUGCUAUUAGGCAGCACGUUCUGUUUGACCCACUUGGGUUGCCUUAAAUUUGUUAUGUAUGCUCACAAUUCGUAACAUUUGUUCCUAACUGACAGACUUUUGAAUUGAAAAGAAAAGAAAAAGAUGCAA